GGAGACCCUAGUGCCACUGGGAUUCGCAGCCAGGUCUAUGGCCUUGAAGUUCAGACUUCUUUCCUGGGCCACCCUGGGAAAGACGAGCACUCUAUAAAUAAACUGCCCAUGUGUGUCUGGUUGGUGAGCACAGCUGGAGGGGGAUGGAAGGGCCUUGUGUGGCUAUUAGAGGCAGGGUCCAAGCGGGAGUUUGGGAGAAAGGGCUAAACUUGGCCCUAUGCAUACUCAACCUCCAGAGGGAACUCAGCACCUGUGGGCCCUGCACUCUGCCUCCUUGCUGCUCCUCAGGCAGCCUCCUCACUACUGGGAAGGGUCAAAGGAGAUGGAGAACUGAUGGCUGAGUGGGUCCCCUGAUAGCAGAACUUCCUGAAGGCUGGGGUGGGGGCAGGGCCCAGGGCCCAGGCCUACUUGUAAAGAGUUGCUGUUAGCCUGUGUAUUCUGGAUCUUCCCCCACACCAUGAGGUCAGCUGAGUAGGCACAAUUAUCCCAAGUUAUGGGCUACAUGUGAACUGUUGAACUUGUCUGUCCAGUCCUCUACUUUCCUGACUCUGUGGUCUCAGCUGGUGUGGAAGCCAGCACAUAUAAGCCUCUGUCGGCAUGGGUACCUGCAUUCUCUCACUCUGCUUAGACUUUCUUUGGGUUCCUCACAGUGUGCUUUUGGCACCCAAUCACCUGGGUGGCCUUGACUGGACAGUCUUUGUUUUGAGCCUGAGUUCAUCUGUGGCCCUGGUGAGGCUGUGUUGUGAGAACGUGCUUCUUGGCCACCAUUGCUUUGGUGAGAUCCCAGAUAUCCACAUCCUGUGAGGCCCUGAAUUGUAAGAGAGGUUAAGUGACCGACCUGUUCAAGGUCACAGAUCUACUUAGUGACAGAGCUAGAGCUCAGCCUUGGUGGUCCUGCCCAAGCUAGCUCGAUAGUCUCACAUAGCCCACCCAGGCCUCAGCACCAUUCCUCUGGGCAGGGCCUCAUUCCCCAGCACCCAAGCCUAAGGAAUUGGAGAGUGAACAGGAGUUCUGUGGUUUCUCCUCAGUCUCUCCCUAAAUUUCUACUCCAGUCAACCAAGUUAGGAUGAUGGGGUCAGGGCUGAUGCUGAGCAGUCUCUAGGCCAUCCUGGCUCAUUAUCAAUUCAAGGCAAAGUGGAGGUGUGGUCAGGGCUGUAGCCAAGCUGACUUCUGGGAGGAGAGAGUAGCAACAAGAAUGAGGGAUGAACUGUUUUCCAGCACCUUCUGGGUCCUUGCUGUCCUGUCUCAGGGCCAAAGGAGGCAGUCCAGGUCAGUGUCACUCCAGAGCCUGAGAAUGAAGCGGACCUUGCUGUGCUGGCCCCUGUCUUGCCUCUUUGUGCUGCUGCCCUGGCCCCUGGCAACUCCAACACCAAUAACUCCUUGGCUGUGUCCACCUGGCAAGGAGCCUGACCUGGAUCCUGGGCAGGGCACAUUAUGCAGAACUUGCCCCCCAGGCACCUUUUCAGCCUCAUGGGACUCCCAUCCUUGCCAGCCUCAUUACCGCUGCAGCCUUCAAAAGAGGUUGGAGGCCCAGGCUGGCACAGCAACUCAUGAUACAAUGUGUGGAGACUGCCAACGUGGGUGGUUUGGGCCACAGGGAGUUCCUCAUGUUCCGUGUCAACCUUGUUCCAAGGCACCUCCAAGUACUGGUGGCUGUGACGAGUUAGGGCGGCGUGGCCGGCGUGGCGUCGAAGUGGCAGCAGGUACCAGUAGCAAUGGUGAACCUCGGCAGCCUGGGAAUGGCACCCGAGCAGGCGGUCCUGAGGAGACGGCUACCCAGUAUGCAGUGAUUGCCAUCGUUCCUGUCUUUUGUCUCAUGGGGCUUUUGGGCAUCCUGGUGUGUAACCUGCUCAAGCGGAAGGGCUACCAUUGCACAGCCCAAAAGGAAGUUGGGCCCAGCUCUGGUGGAGGAGGCAGCGGGAUCAAUCCCGCCUAUAGGACAGAGGAUGCCAAUGAAGACACCAUUGGAGUCCUGGUGCGCCUGAUCACAGAGAAGAAAGAGAAUGCAGCGGCCCUGGAGGAGCUGUUGAAAGAAUAUCACAGCAAACAGCUGGUACAGACAAGCCACAGGCCUGUACCCAGGCUGCAGCCGGCCUCCCCCAGCAUGCCCCACAUCUGCCCACAUCACCACCACCUCCACACUGUGCAGGGCCUGGCCUCACUCUCUGGGCCCUGCUGUUCCCGUUGUAGCCAGAAGUGGCCAGAGGUGCUGCUGUCUCCUGAGGCAGCAGCUGCCACCACUCCUGCUCCCUCCCUUCUUACUACAUCCAGGGGUCCCAAGGCUAGUGCCAAGCCAGGACGUCAGGGCGAGAUUACCAUCUUGUCUGUGGGCAGGUUCCGUGUGGCUCGUAUUCCUGAGCAGCGGACCAGUUCAUUGUUAUCUGAGGUGAAGACCAUCACAGAGGCUGGGCCUUCAGAGGGUGAUCUCCCUGACUCCCCACAGCCUGGUCUUCCUCCCGAGCAGCGGGCACUGCUGGGAAGUGGUGGAAGCCAUCCUAAGUGGUUGAAGCCCCCAGCAGAGAACAAGGCUGAGGAGAGCCGCUAUGUGGUCCGGCUAAGUGAAAGCAACCUGGUCAUCUGAUGGGCUGUCUAGAAUUCAAUACUCUGCCCUGUCCUUGGAGGCUCUGAAGGCUUCCGGCAGGAGGGAGAGCUGCAGCUGGGACUGAGGACCAAGAUACAGCAAAGGCCAAGUCCUGGAGGUGGGACCGUCCGCCCCACUGAGGAGGCUGCCUGCAGCACAGCACGUGAGCAGGAGAUCAAGAGCCCACCCUAUCCCUGCAGCCCUGGUUACUUCCAUGCAGGGUGCUGUAACCCUGUGCCUGCCCUGAACACAUCAUAGGAGCCCUCUGUCCCUUAGAGGUCUGGUUUAGUGGAGGAGUGGUACCUGUACCUGGUCCCUAGCUUGUGCCUUGGGAACUAGCCACUCUUGCCCAUGUCCUGGACCCUGGAUGUGACUCCCUCUCUUUGGCAGGCCCUAUAAAGGGAAGGGGUAGCAAAGAGCCCUGUACUGGUGGCAGAGUACCUGGGUUCCAAUCCUGGGCUUAUCCCUAGGUACUGACUGUGACGUUGGGGGAGGAGAGCUCAGUUCUCAGGACCUCUCCAGCUCUUUGCAGAUUCUGGGCUGAGUCCUGUUGGGGGGAGCUUGACUUUGCUACCCUCCCAUUAGUAGCUUUAUCUGGCCUGUUUUUGCUGCUUCCUGGGCCUUGGACUUCACGGCUCCCAUGGGACUGUCUAUUAUGGUAAUGCCUACAGAAGGGGCUUAAUGCAUGUGCCUGCCCCUACCCUGCUAUUUUUAAUGAAACUGAAAAAUGACUUGACUUGGACAGGGCUCUCUGGUGCAGAGCCUCAGUCCACCCUGUUGCCCUCAAGCUCUGGAGCUGAGGGAAGAGGAGCCUGGCGAGCCAGAGUGCCUGUGCCUGUGGUUUUCCAUGCCCCUGUGGUACAGUGUCUGCCUGAGUUUUGGGUAGCAGGGGUGACUGCCAAUCCAGCCUGUCUUAGUCUCUGCUCUGGCUCAGUGCCUCGUUAUUUAUGUGGGGCCGUGCAGGCGCGGGGCCCACUGCCCAUCCCAUUUCUUAUUUAUUGAAACCUGCUGUUGCCCUGCCCCUCCAUCUCCAGCCCCCAACACUUGAGUAAUAAAAGGUGGAAAAUGUUGUCA